UCACGCUAUGUUGGUCACAGUAAAGCGAAUGCGGUAACAUUUGUAAAUAAAAUAGUAAGGUAAUAGCUGAUAAAAAAUGCUGAAAAAGAAAUGGACGGAAUGUGAAUAUAUUGAUUAAUUCAGAUUACGUCGAACGUUAUACUGUCAACUAUGAUGGGUUUGGUAGCCAAAGAUCACGUGACAGCCGAACCGUGUGACGACACAGCGGUCGCAGCACAUAAGCAUUAUGCAAUGUACGUUUGGACUACCGGGUUCGAUCAUAACGUUCCCGGCUGUGACAAAGACAAGUUCUUAGAAUGGAAUACGAAAGGUCCCUGCUUUACCCAUGUUUGGAACACGAAAGCAAAACGUGACUGGUUGUGGGCCACAUGUAACCUGCACGGAAGGGAGGUAGAUACCAUAUUUGUAAGUGAUGUGCAUCAUAAUCUGAAAAAAGCAUACGACACAGGGGAUUGUACUUCAGCGGCGAUAGCUACCGUUAAGGACAUGCUGGUAGAGGGUCAUACAAAUGUGUCAAAUCUCAAGAUAUACGGACUGUAUGCUGUUAGUGACAUCGAUGUCUCGGAAAAGGAUUUAGUCAAAUAUAUUGUAUAUUACAACGAUAUAUGUGCAACGUCAGAUAUUGAAAGAUUUGACGGCAUUGCAACAAAUAACGAAGCGUACGCAACAAUAAAAUGUGGAAAUAUGAACGAGCGACUCAAGUACUUGGACAAUCUUCAAGCUAUUGUGACGGAAGCGAGGAAACAGAAGCAUGGGGUACUACUGACACAUUAUUCAGUCAGCUGGCACUGGGGAAUCUGUCAUGGCGUCGUCAGUAAUAUGACGUGGAAUGGUAAAACCUCUGACGUCACGCAUCACAUGAUUGAUAUUUUCGACAGCAUUGACGUUCAGGUAGGGUGUAUAAACUACCCAGCAAUUUCGGACAGAAUGAAAAUUGCAGGUUAUGACUAUGCCAUGUCCAUAAACAAACCAAUUUUUACAACUUUGUACACGAAUAAAGAUUCACCAUGCCAAAUAACUUUCUUCCCAGAUGAUUCUUGUCGUAUUAAGGACCACAACGAGACAGCGAUGUUUUCAAUAUUUGACGGGUUUCCUGCCAACGAUAUAAGCUAUGCCCGUCCAUGUAUACAUUAUUUCAGGGGCAUUUACUCUACAGGUGGAUAUCCAGGCUGGCCAGUACAUGAUGGCUCUGAUCCUUCACCAAUUGUUGGAAAAUAAACACUUGUGUAAGUUUAUUACAGAAGAGACAACGAUAAUAUUUACUGCUAAAGAGACAUUUGUAUGUUUGUUUGCUUAUUUGUUUAAUACAAGGGUUUCAAUGGUUUAUUUCAAAAUACAUCCGGGAAAUAUGCGCAUGCGUACACAGUACGUAUAACAAAUGAGCAUAUACUACAGUCAAAUGGUCAAUGUCAAUACUUUAUAAAACAUACAAUGUAUAUCAUUACGUUACACAGUAUUUUAGCAAUAAGAAAAUGUUAACUAAGAAAAUAAUUUACUAUCACCAAAUGACACAGGUAUCAACCCGGGAUGUCUCGAAUUAUAUUGAUAUUACUGAUAAACAAAUACUUAGUACAAAUACCAUCCUAUAUCAAUAAGGGUGUUUUUAAAACACAAAACAUGUACUUACAAUCGCAAAUCAAAAUUUAAUGCAUGCCUUGUGUUUUGUUUUAAUAAACAUCUAAAUAAUUA